AUACAUUAGCGAGAAGAAGAAGAAAAGAAACGGACACUUUUUCCAGUUUUUAUACGGUUUAUUGGGUCACUCACAUGAAGAAUUCACCCCCACACCCCAACUCUCUAUCUUCAUUUCUCCUUUGGACCUCUCUCAUUCAAUGCUUUACCGAACACACCACAACCCUUUUCUCUCCUCAUUCAACACUUUUUCCCACUCUUCUAAUCCUAAUUUGCUUUCCUGUUCACCUUCUCUGCAGGACAUGGACUGCGCACAAGGGCCUUUGAGGAGCGGUUUUGGGCCGGAGAUGGGGUUGAAAAGCACACCUCAAACCAUGCUUUUUGAUGACUUUUUGGCGGUUAAUGGUGCACAAAGCGGUGUUUCUGGUGAUGACCUCUUUGUUGAUGACCUCCUCGAUUUCUCCAAUGGCUUUUCCGAGACAGAGGAGGAAGAACCGGAAAAACAUGAACCGGAAAAGCAUGAACAAAUAACGGUAAACGAUAUAAGUCACGCCAAUAACAGUGCUUCCUCUGUAAAAGAGGAUUUUGGGACUCUUCCUUGCAGCGAACUAAGCGUUCCGGCGGAGGAUUUGGAGAAUUUAGAGUGGUUAUCUCAUUUUGUGGAAGAGUCAUUCUCCGAAUAUUCUCUCACCGGGAAGUUGCCACCGAACCCGACGGAGAACCAGUCUGAACCGGAAAUCUCAGUUCCAGAGAAGCCCCGUUUCACCACUCCGGUUCAGACCAAGGCCAGAACGAAACGAACCAGGACUGGGGUACGAAUUUGGCCACUGGGGUCGCCGGAGACGUCGUCUUCAUCCUCAUCUUCAACCUCCUCAACGACGUUGUUCCCAGCUCCAAGUCCUUGUCUCGUUUAUGCAAGCCCGGGACAGAACCAGACCGCCGAGUCUUUUCUAGGAAACCUUCCGUUCAAGAAGCAGAAAAAGAAACCAACUGAACCGGUCGGCGGUGUUGGAGCACCAAGGAGGUGCAGCCAUUGUGGCGUUACCAAGACCCCACAGUGGCGGGCCGGUCCGCUCGGUGCCAAGACCCUUUGUAACGCAUGUGGAGUGAGAUAUAAAUCGGGCCGCCUCCUACCCGAAUACAGACCCGCUUGUAGCCCCACUUUCUCAAGCGAGUUACAUUCCAACAACCACCGGAAAGUUCUGGAGAUGCGGCAGAAAAAGGAAGUGGAAGCCGCCCCCGUUUCGGCGCCGGCCGUUCCUAGUUUUUGAAGAAUUUAAUUAUAGGAGGUAAAGUAGAGGAAAAUUUAGCGACCCGGAGAGCAAGAACCGGUUUAGGUAAAAUUAGGGCCGGUUCAACUGUUUCAAUGGACCAUGAUUUUAAUUGCUGCAUGUUACUCUUAAGGGAGUUAAAUUGAAGAGUUACUUUAUUGUAAUUUUAACUGUCUCUAUUUCUUUGAUAUUACUACUAUUUUAUUUUA